GUCUUGGAAGUCACAAGAGAGGCCACCAAAGUCGUCCGACUUGAGCUUCGUUGAAAAUCUCAUAGGAUUGGAGGAAAGUCAAGAACAUUGACGACUUGAAGACCUUUCCCCUCCAGACUGCAGGGUUAAAACAUCUCAGGAACGCUAUGAAUCAUGAUUGCAGCAGCAGGACGUUGGUUGGUGAGAAUAGAGAAGUGAGGGAGUGAUGAGUCUGAACGAAAACACUCUCGGCUUGAGGAAGGAGGAAGUCACAGCACACAACCAGGUGAAUGUAAUGAGAAGAAGUGUUGGCCACAGAGUGAAGCUGCCAUCUGUCAGGUGGUAAAAUGUCUGUCGACGGCACGAAGCUGCUGUUUGAGGGGUUUCUGCAAAAAAGAAAAGACACUUUGAAAAUAAGAUGGGUGACCUACUGGUUCAGGCUUCAAAACACUACUUUGUUUUUCUAUACCAAGAAAAAUGGCGGUGCUUCACACUUAAGAGGCUAUUACUACAUUUACACAGUCCAGUCGGUGCGAGAGGUCCAGAGAACCGACAAGAAGCACUUUCUAUUUGAAAUCGUCAUGACCAAUGGCAAGAAAAAGAUGUUGGCAGCAGAGACAGCCGCCCUCAGAAAAGAGUGGGUUGGACACCUUUGGCAGGCAAUGCACCUCUCCACUUCUGGACUCUUGGACUCUAGAGACCCAGACCUGGAGCUGUUCGAUCAGCGAGGGAGUUUAAGCAGCAACAUGUCCGUCUCCCUGUGCAGCGACAGCGUGAGGGAGGUGCAGCCGACUCGCCCUCUCUCCGUCUCCUCAGAGCACAUCUACUCAGAGACCGAGGGCCUCACUUCGUCCAUCCGCCCGCCUGAGGACGAGGACAGCGAUGACGCAACGUACCAGAACCUGCGAAGACCCCUCACCUCCGACGAGCCCACCGAAGACCCCGAGCGGUCUUCAAUGGGCUCUUCAAGCCCACCAAUGAGUUGUGAAGAGCAACAACAGGACGGCCUCUAUGACGUCUUACCUGCCAGAAAAAGUACAUGUGAAGCCCUUCCAACACAAACACAUGAUGCUGUGUACGAUUUCCCUUUGUCUUACAAGACAUCUAGUGGGAACCAAGACGGAGUGUAUGACGUCCCUGUUUCUGACCACAAAGGUGGAAUCUACGACGUCCCCACGUCUCUACGCAAAGACGAGGUCUACGACGUCCCGGCCCAUCUGUUGAGGAAAAAGGGCGAUCACACUGAAGACGAGCAGCCAGAAGGGGAAACCUACUGGAGGAUAUGAAGAGAGGCAAGCAACUAAUCAGGAGCUCUUUUCUUUUUUACUCCACGCUAAAACUAAAGCUGUGCAGUAUGUUGUAUUAUAAUCGCAGUAUGAAUGUUUGCAGUAUUGUAAUCACAAAAACAAACAAACAAGCAAAAAAAAAAAACAGAUUGGAUGCGUUAUUCAGCAGGUUGCUGUAUUUUAUGUGCCCUGCUUGACAACAAUGUAUUUCAGCACUUGGAUUGACUUUUAAAGCAUAAUGUUGUGGAAAAUAAGAUUGAGGAUAAUGUGAGUUAAUCACAGUCCAUAUCAUCAUCGCUUCACAUUUAUUAAUAAUGACAUCAUAACUUUUUUUCCCUCUAACAUUGUGCAUCCAGAGCCAAACGUUAUUUAUUUUUCUUACUUAAAACUACAGCUACGGUUAAAAGUUUGGACAGGAACAGUUUAUUUUUGUUGCAUCCUGAAGAUGAUUUAAAAACAUUUCUCAUGUUUUCAAUGACUGGGAUAAGGAUAUUGGCUCGUUAAGCCUUCACCCCGUGCAUGGUUUACGCCAACAGAGGUGGGACUCAUACACAUUAAACUGCAGCAGUUGGAUAUCGUCAUAUUUAUGUAUUAAAAUCCUAUCACUCUUUAAAUAAAUUAUUUUUUAUGAGUCUCAAAUCUUAUAUUAUUAAAUUAUAUAUUUGAACUGAAGGAGGAACCUAAUUUUACACGUAAAUUAAAAGGAAUAUAUCUGGAGAUAUAUUACAAUAUUAACAUUUAAAUUAAGAAAUGAAUGAUAAUGUUGAAUACAGUCACUAUUAGGAAUUACCCUAACAUUGAUAAAUUAGAUUGCUUUUGUUUACAACAAAUGAAAACAUACAAACAGGGGAACUUUUGAGAGGAACUGAGAAUAAAACAACCAGAUGAUCAA